GUCAUAUGACUGCCAGCAGGCAAGUGAUGGCUUCCCAGUGGGGAUAGUGUACGAUCAUAGUAUAAAUGGUGUGGAAUGUCUCCAGUUGCCUUGGCAUCCUCUAGUGAUCUGUACACCAGAAAGGCUUCACUUACCCCGGUCAAAUCAUCCCUUUAGGAAACCUGAUGGUGGAUCAGGACCGAGGAGAGACGCCAACUUAAGUAGGAGAUGGACGGUGAGGAUCAUCUGCGUUUCCUUUCUUGUGUAAGAAGCAAAGCAAAGCAAAGCAAUGAUCAUCCAAUACAGAACUUGAAUGGAGGAGCAGGUACUUAUCUUAGCUCGGUCAACCUAUCACCUGGAUAUAGAAAGCCUUUCCUUGACAACGAAGCGAGAGGAAAAGGAGGGGAGGAGAGAGGAGUCAAACUUGGCUACAGACCAGGGGGCCGUUGGUUGACUGCCCUCCACCCACCUGCUCGGUCAAACCUCACACCAAACUCACCCUUAUUAUUAUUAUUAUUAUUAGUAAUCAAAUAAAACAAAGAGAAAAUCGCAAAAAUACCCUUCUUUAACUCCCUAUUCAUCCUUUAAAUAACUUGCAAUAAUUUAAAAAAAACGACAGAAAAAUUAAAAAUAUUAGUAAAAUUAGGGAAGAAAUGAUUAAUAUGUAAAGAUAGAGAAGGGAUAAAUAUGUAAGUUGAGGAGAUGGGAUAUAAAUAUUUAGCUUAAAAUAAAAUAUAAUUAAAUAAAAAGUAACGAGAUUUAGUUAUUGACUUCACCCAAAAUCAAAUAUAAGUAAAUGGAAGGAAAAAUUAGAAACAGUCCUCGCUCCGACACCUGCCUCCGGGAGAGGUAAACCCCUCGGCCGAUUCCAGCGCUCGCUCGCGGAAAUCCAAUCCACCACCUUCCUUUACCCCCCUCCCCUGCCUCUCCUGUUGCUGUCCCCAUCGCCCACCGCGGAACCCCUCCCCGUUUUGGUCUCCCCAGCGAGAUCGGAGGGCCCCCGAAUCGAUCGAGAUCGAUUGGACUCCGGGAGCUCCGAUCGAAGAGUCCGGCUGUGGUGGUGGUGGCAGAGGUGGCGGCGAUCGACCGUGGUACGGAUGAGUGGUGGAUGGUCGCGCUGAUGAAGAUCGUUAGGCCUUGCUGGAAGCCGGCGCCGGAGGAAGGGAGAGGCCGCGGCGGUGGGUCCCCCGCCCGCGCCGAUGGCCUCCUCUGGUACAAGGAUCUCGGCCGCCACGCCGUGGGGGAGUUCUCCAUGGCGGUGGCGCAGGCGAAUAACCUGCUGGAGGACGGUAGCCAGAUCGAGUCCGGGCCGCUGAGCUGGAGCGAGGAGGCGCCCGGGCCCCACGGCACGUUCGUCGGGGUCUACGACGGGCACGGCGGACCCGAGGCGUCGCGCUACAUCAAUGAGCGUUUGUUCCUCCACCUCAAACAGUUUGCUUCAGAACAGCAAGACAUGUCAGUAGAUGUCAUAAAGAAAGCAUUUUCAGCGACAGAAGAGGGAUUUAUCUCUUUUGUAAGAAAGCAGUGGUUCACUAAGCCGCAGAUUGCCUCUGUCGGUUCAUGUUGUUUGGUUGGUGUUGUAUCUGGGGGAAUACUUUAUGUUGCAAAUCUUGGGGAUUCCCGUGCAGUGCUUGGGAGAUUUGACGGAGGGUUUAGAGAGGUUACAGCAGUCCAAAUGUGCCCCGAGCACAAUGCGAGCUUUGAAUCUGUGAGAGAGGAAUUGCAUUCAUUGCAUCCCAAUGACCCACAGAUUGUGGUUUUGAAGCAUAAGGUUUGGCGUGUCAAAGGCCUCAUACAGGUUUCAAGGUCCAUUGGAGACGCGUAUUUGAAAGACGCAGAGUUCAACCGUGAACCUCUACUAUCAAAAUUUCGACUUCCUGAACCCUUCCAAAAACCAAUCCUUAGUGCCGAGCCAUCGAUAGUGACACAUAAACUCUGUCCUGAAGAUCAAUUUAUAAUAUUUGCAUCAGAUGGUCUAUGGGAGCAUUUGAGCAAUCAAGAAGCUGUGGAUAUGAUCCAGAACUACCCUCGUAAUGGUAUAGCAAGAAGACUUGUCAAAGCUGCACUUCAAGAGGCAGCAAAGAAAAGAGAAAUGAGAUAUUCUGACCUGAAAAAGAUCGAUCGUGGAGUGAGGAGACACUUCCAUGAUGAUAUAACCGUCAUAGUGCUAUUUCUAGAUCCUGCUCUAAUAAGUAGGAACUUCUACCAUGGUCCUGUACUUUCACUUAAAGGAGCUGGUGUCCCUGUCUAAGCAGAAUCGAGUCUGGAGUUCCCUGUUGCUUCAUCCAGGGUCUGUCUCCCAACAGGAGUUAGAAUCUUCUCUUACUCUUCUUCUAGCUCGGAACUGCAGUUUCAGGCUGUCAGCAAAACACGUAAAUUUCAUUGAUCAAAGGCAAGAAGCAUUGUAUCACCACGAUGGAGGCUUUUAUCUAACGUGACAAUCUGCAAUUUUGCUUUUGAAAUAGGGAUGAUUAGCAAUUAUGAUUACUGUUGUUGGUUUGACUUGACAGUGAAAGGCUGGCUUCAAUUGUGUCAAAAUCUUGUUCGAAGUUACAGCCUCUGAACUGCAGGUAUAGGGAUUCGAGUGGUGUAUAAUUUUGUUUGUGAAAUAACAGUUAUGUUUCUACUUCCUGUUGA